AUGAUGUAUCUUAGAAUUAGCUUUGCAUUAUUUUUCAUUCUCGCCGUUGGAAUAGCUACAUCUCAAACAGACACAACGCAGUUUGUCUCAGUGGAGACAGCAGAAACAUCAGUAACAACGACGACUACAACCACUACAACAACCACUACAACAACCACUACAACAACCACUACAACGACGACACCAACAACAACAACACCAACAACAGAAACUUCAACAACGACGACGAUAGUAGCGUCUUCCAUAGAACCAUUUUCAAAUGAAACCACUGUUGAGACAACGUCAAGUCAAACAACUCACACACCAAUUACCAUGUCAAGUGAAGCAUCUACCACAGCAGCGACAACUCACGCACCACCCAAACCAGGUCGAAAAUUUGAUGCAUUAAGUUUCAUAGGUGGAAUGAUUUUGGUUGCUGGAAUUGUUGCACUUGCGUAUUUAGUUGUGAUAUAUCUAAGAAAAAGUGGAAGACUUCCAUAUUCACAAAUCCGAUAA